AUUUUUUUUUCUAAAUUCCAGAGGCCAAGGCAGGGAAGGUCAAGACAGUUGAAGAAAGGUUGACGGCAAUGGAAUCGGCGGUGAAGGAUCUCCGAAUCAUGACCGGCGUUCUUCUUGCUCUGGUUCUCCUGCUGAUCCUAGUGGUGCUGCUGAUACUCCUCAACAUGACCAAGAACAUGCCCAAGCUCACCCUACCCGUGUUCUUCAGGAAUGACAAGAAGGGCGCUGCCAACAUGAACGACAAAAAUUCCACGCACAAAACCAGCAACGGUGUAGCCAACCCCAACGUAGCGGUGGGCAGGAUUGCCAAUCACCAGACCAGCAGCAGUCCGAAGACCAGGAAAGCGUCCUUCAGAAAAUCGACCUACGGGCCCACCGAGGACACGGUCGGGCAGUACGAUCCACGUUCCUUCAGGGUCCGACAGCCCUCCGAGUCCACUUGUCCUGACGAAGGCGCCGAUAUCUCCCAGCAAGGAUACGACAAUCUAGGCCUAUCCACCUCCACCAUCCACACCUCUAACCUGCACAACACUUCCAAUUCCUCCACGGACACUCUGGGCCCGAUAGUCUCCACCAACACCCUGGAUACGACACUCGCAUCGGAGAAUAACAUUCCCUCAGUCGUUAAUAACACGACAGUUUAAGAUUUUUAAUGUCUUCAAGUCUAUUUUGAACUAGCUGCUUACCCUUCUGUUGUGUUCCCUUCAGUGCUCUCUGUUCCUUUUAUAUUUGUAGUUCUCUUGGUAAUGGAAAGAUUAUCUAAUUUACCUGAAAAUGCUACGUGUAACUACGGAAGCCUGCCCAAAGCUGAUCUUUCUCCUUUUCGUUGAUGUGUUAUUUUCUUCUCUUUAGUCCUUAUAUAUAUAUAUAUAUAUAUAUA